GGGCCUGGGCCCGGGAGACCCCAGUGGCAUGAGGAGGCAGGAGGCACUGGUGGUGACGGCAGGGAUGGCAGCGGAGGCGGGCCGCGACGGGGAGCAGUCUAGGCCCCCAGGGCUCGGUCGUACCGGCGGCCCCCAAGAGCCCCGCCAACCAUGGAAGACAUUUUUAUACUGCGAGCCCCAUAAGAGAAUCAAGGAGGUUUUGGAAGAAGAACUUUCCAUCAAGAGGGAUGAGUGCCACGUGAAAAGCCCACCUACAGUGGCCCUGGAUGGAAUUUGGAGCAUUAAGAGGAACCUGCCUGUGGGAAGCAUGAUGCCAGGACAGCAGAGCAGAAACAGCUCCCUCCCCCAAGCCAAGUACUACUCGAGGCACGGAGGGCUGAGAAGAUAAGACGGACUCAUCCUUCCAUGGAGAUAGGCCUGGCAUUCUCCCAAUGUCCAAAGACAGAAGAAUCUCGAGCUUGUUUCUCAAUUUAAGAUGUAUGGAAUAAAGUUUCUUAGUCUGUAAUACCAAUAUAUAAAUCAGUCCAAAGCCAUAAAAUACUAUUGGAAAAAUGUGCUAAGAAAAAUAUUCUUGUUUUUAGAUUUCACAGUUGAGAUGUAUUAGGCGUCUGUUCAGCGUAUUUUAUUAAAUGAAUCAAACAAA